GGAAAGGGGUACUAUAAAAAGCAAGUCCUCUCCUGCUUUCCAACUGCGUCUUCCACUGUCAGUCAUAAGAAAUAUGGGGACAGUGGUACAAGCCCGGCCCAGUGUCCUAGUCUGGAUGGCCUGUCUACUUCUGGCAUGUCCUGGAUCCAAAGCCACUCAGCCUGAAGUGGAUACCCCCCUGGGUCGCGUGAGAGGUCGGCAAGUAGGUGUGAAGGGCACAGAGCGGCUGGUGAACGUCUUCCUGGGCAUUCCCUUUGCUCAGGCACCACUAGGCUCCCUGCGGUUCUCAGCCCCACUCCCGCCACAGCCCUGGGAAGGCGUGAGAGAUGCCAGCACCAAUCCCCCAAUGUGCAUGCAGGACAUAGAGAGAACGAGUAACAGCAGAUUCACCCUCAACCAAAAGUUUCAGAUCUUCUCUAUUUCCGAGGAUUGCCUGAUCCUCAAUGUCUACAGCCCCGCUGAGACCACUGCAGGGGCCAGACUGCCGGUCAUGGUAUGGAUCCAUGGGGGCUCUCUGGUAGUUGGCUCCGCCACCUCUCAUGAUGGAUCAGCCCUGGCUGCCUAUGGGAAUGUGGUAAUAGUCACUGUCCAGUACCGUCUCGGCAUCUUUGGCUUCCUCAGCACCGGAGACAAGCACAUGCCUGGCAACCGAGGCCUCCUUGAUGUGGUGGCCGCUCUACGCUGGGUGCAGGGAAACAUAGCCUCCUUUGGGGGCGAUCCCAACUGCGUCACUAUCUUCGGUAAUUCUGCUGGUGGCAUGAUCGUCUCAUCCCUGGUCCUGUCUCCAAUGUCUGUGGGGUUAUUUCACAGAGCCAUAUCCCAGAGUGGGAUUAUUACCAACAAGAUAUUGAAGGAGAUAAACCCAUGGCCUGAAGCUCAGACCUUAGCCAACUCCUUGGGCUGCAGCUCCGUAUCCUCAGCUGAGCUGGUGCAGUGUCUGCUACAGAAGGAAGGAAAGGACCUUAACAAUCAGAAAAACGUGAAAGUUUCCUACAUAAGCAAUGACUCCUUCUUCCCACAAAGCCCAGAGAAGCUCCUAACAGAGAAGAAAUUCCCCACUGUGCCCUACCUCCUGGGAGUCAACAAUCAUGAGAUUGGCUGGCUCAUGCUCAAGGUCUGGAAUUUCCUGGAGAAGUUGGAACACUUAAGCCGGGAGGAGCUGCUGGAGAUUUCAAGGCCCUUUCUGACCAGUGUGGAGGUGCCCCCUGAGAUUAUGCCCAUUGUCAUAGAUGAAUACCUAGACAAUGGCUCAGAUGCACCAGCCAUGCGGUAUGCCUUCCAGGAACUGGUAGGUGAUAUCGCGUUUGUCAUUCCUACCUUGAUCUUCUCAAAACACCUCCAAGAUGCUGGGUCCCCUGUCUUCUUGUACGAGUUCAAGCAUACCCCCAGUUCCUUUGCGAAGUUCAAGCCUUCCUGGGUAAAGGCUGACCACGGGUCUGAGAGUCCCUUUGUCCUUGGAGGUCCUUUCCUCACAGAUGAGAGCAACUUCCUGGCCUUCCCAGAGGCCACAGAGGAAGAGAAACAGCUGAGCCUCACCAUGAUGGCCCAAUGGACCCAGUUUGCACACACAGGGAACCCCAAUGGCAAGGGGUUGCCCUCUUGGCCCCAGUUAAACCAGUUAGAACAAUACUUGGAGAUUGGCCUACAGCCGCGGAUUGGGGCGAAGCUAAAGAAGAACCGGCUACAGUUCUGGACAGAGACACUGCCCAGAAAAAUCCAAGAGUGGCGCCAACAACAGAAGAGCAGGAGAGCGCCAGAGGAACUCUGAGGUGGGGCCUGCCUGGACCUUCCUCACCUGGGCCAACCCAAAGAGCGGUGGAGUCCCAGGAGGACAGCCUCUUUCUGUUUCUACCCGGACACUUUAACCUGGACCAGGCUGAUGCAAACACACAAUCCUUAAGGCAUGAGCCUCUGCAGGACAGGCAUGGCGCACUAGUGAAAUGUCACCACACUGGUUUCUACCUCAGGACCCUUGCCCAAGCUCCUGCUUUUUCCUGAGGUGUCUUGAAUCCUUGCUCCACGGCAAGGUCCAGCACAUCAGUCAAGCUCUUCAGAGGAUCUGUUCUCCUGGGAAAGCUCCUCUACCUCCUCUAGGCCAUGUGUGCCUGUUAGAACCCAGCCUACCACAAGCUCACAACAGCCAAGGCUGUGUCCUUGUCCCUCCCAGAGGAGGUCUCUGAAAAGAGAAGUUGAUAACCUCACUCUGUCACCACAGCAAGAUUGGCAGAACCUGGAGGCAGGGAAUGUUUCAUAAAUGAAUGACAGACAGAAUCUAUGAACAUGGGUUCUAGAUUUGAACCCGGACCCUUCUUCAGGCACCAAAAUCAAUGUCCCAUCCUCAAUAAAUGUCCACCCUGGCCAAGAAGGUGACCUCUGAAGGUGGAGGUCUUGGGGCACAGGGGGCCCUAGCUUCGAACUGAAAGACCACCGGUGUGGGGAGACUCUCACUCAAGUCUCGGGAUAACACGACCCCCCAAGAACUCACGAGAGACCGUCCUUGCUGCAAUCACACUAGGUUUAUUGACAGGAACCAGCACUGUGGCCGAGACUCAUAUCCCAUGCAGACCCUGAGUAGCUGGGAGAGGAGGUAGUUAAGGGAAGAAACCACAACCCAAAAGGGGGUAGGGAGAGCGUCAUUGGAAAAUUCCGAAAAUACCAGUGAUAAUCACAAGGGGGUAACUUCCAGUUUCUCAAGAUUAUAAUCUAACUUGAUGGUCAACUAAUUCCUGUAACACAAGUCACUGAACCGGCUAACCUAGGUUUUUGGCUCUUCUCUUCCUGCUAGAUUUUUGGCUCUAUUUUUUCUGCUAGAGGGGUCUGGAUUUAUCCCGGUCUUUCAGAACAAACCUAGCACCUAGAGGUCUCUAACCAGGACCUAAUCCCCUCCUUUCUGCUGGCUGGUCUUUGCCUCCGCCCAAGGCAGAACAGAAUCCAGCAAGAUCACUCUCACCAGAUACUAUCUUUCCCUUUAGGGCCUGGCCUCUAAGCUUACACCCAAAGGACAGGUACUCUACCCUCACCUCCCAGCAGCAGAGGACAAUCAGUCCGCCUGCACCUCAGGGGAGCUCCAGGACACAGCGGUGAAGGCCAAGACAAAGGUCUGGCCUGGUACAGCAGGCUUGUUUUCAGAGUAGGAUAUUCAUAUCCUUUUUAAGAAUCAGUGUAUUGUCCCCUUAAAACAUCUGGAUUCUGAGACUGGGGAGGAGGAUAGCACAGAAAUAGAGAAAUAGAGCCCAGCACACACUCCAAACAAAUCUGGAUUUUGAUCGACUUCCAAGUAUCUUGCCUUGAUCCAUAGUCUCUCAGUCAGACUAUAUCGUGGCUGCUGAUGGGUCCAUGGAAAGCAUUUGUACCUGAGGCAGUUAUGCUAUGGGGAGUCACUUGGAGCAAGGAGAGAUGCAGAGCAGAUGGGCUCUGAGCCUUCCUUGUCACUCUCCCUAUUCCAAAGUUCCCCAUGAUUUUCUGGUCCUCUUAGGAUGAGUUCGAGGUCUUCCCAAUGCAUUAAGGGUUUGCUGCUCUCAACUCCUCCCACCAAAGAAGUUUGUCCCCAUAAGCUGAUAGGGAGCUAUGAAGAGGGACCCAGUGUGUGUUUCUGGUGACACACGAGCUGUGACAAAUAGGCCAGGCCUGACUUGGGGACAGAGGGCAUCUAAGCCAAGACCUGAAAGAUAAGCGGAGGUUACUCAAAUGGGCAAGCCAAAGUAUAAACAGUGAGAAGCAAGGGGCAAAAGAAGUCCUUGACUAAGAGGACUCAAUAGGAGAAAGGCCUUAGAGCAGUGGUUCUCGACCUUCCUAACCCCGCGACCCUCUAAUACAGUUCCACACGUUACGGCAACCCCCAACCGUAACGUUAUUUUUUGUUGCUACUUCACAACUAUAAUCUGCUACAGUUGUGAAGCAUGAUGUAAAUAUUUGAUAUGCAGGAUAUCUGACUUUUGACCCUUGUAAAAGGGUCAUUCAACUCCCAAAGAGGUCAUGAUCCCCAGGUUGAGAACAACUGGCCUCGAGGAAGACGCUGAGGCAAUACUGCUCUAUUUGGACAGAGUGAGGUUAGAUUAUCAGGGACCUUGACUAUGAUCCGGUCUUGGACUUAAGAGCAAGAGGACCCAGAAAGACUCUCCUCACUGUGCAGAAGAGGGGGCAGGACAGUAGAGUCGGGAAGGGAAAGGAAGGAGGAGCCAUUGCAUUUUCCAAGAUGGAAACCACUGGUAGGCUCUUUUGUUUUGCUGAGACAAGAUCUCACUUUGUAGCCCAGGUUGACCUGAAACUCACUGUGUAGCCCCCAGCAGGCCCCAAACUCAUAGCUCCUGCCUCAGCUUCUCAUGAGCAGGGAUCACAGGUGUGCGCCACCCCAGCAGGUUCUUGGUGGGCUCUUGAUUGACAGCUGUCAGACAUGAUGACUAAGGGGAUGCAGAGGCGAGGGGAAAAGACUCCGUGGGAUCAGUGUUUGCUGCUCCGGGAGCAGAGGGUCUGGUGUGUGAUGGCUCCGCCCCCUGGCCUAAGGCUAUUCCACACCCACUCUGAUGCUGCCAACUCCAGAGGUUGGGAAAAGAAUGCACUGGUGAGGCCUCAGCCCCUGCCUGGUGAGAGCCUCUCUCUACUCUGGGAGGAAUAGCACGGCUGGAAGGUUCCCUGGGAUUCUAUGCCUCUUGUCUUCCCAUUUUCUUUUCCUGGGUCACUACCCCUGAGAUUCACUGAACAUCCCUCCCGUGUUGGCCAGAGUGUCCUAGCAAACAGACAUUCUUGUUCCAAGGAUGCAGCAGUCAUGUAAAACUGAGGCUCCAAUAGAAGGCACAGCUUCAGACAAGGAGACUGUUGGGUUAUGGAGCCUCCCAUGGAGAGGUGGCCGAAAGGGUUAUGUGCUGGUGUGUUGUGGACACCAGGGGGCGCUGCAGGACAGGGCUAACACGUGCUAGAACUACGUAGGUAUAGCUCCCUACAAACCAAGUCCAAGUUUCGCGCCACACAAUCUGAGUCUGAUUCAUGCACUGACUGCUAGGCUUUUAGUGUGAAUCUACGGUUUACUGGAUAUUUCAUUUUGUCUUGUUUUGGGGUUGUUUGUUUGGUUUUGGUUUUUGGUUUGUUUGGUUGUUUGGUUUGGUUUGGGUUUGGGUAUUUUGUUUGUUAUGUUUUGUUUUGAGACAGGGUUACUCUGUGUGGCCCUGACUAUACUAGAACUGUCUCUAUAGACCAGGCUAACCUCGAAAUCAGAGCUCCACCUGCCUCUGCUUCCUGAGUGCCAGAAUUAAAGUCUUGCACACCACC